UGAACGCAGCAUCAACUGCCACACAAAGUAGGCUAUUCCAAAACAGGAAGUCAUAUUAUUUACCUGAAUACCUGACUGCACCUGCAUGAUCAUACCCAUGUCGUCCACGAGGACCUAUUAAUUAAUGGACAGGUAGCCUACCUUUUGACUUUGAAGAAGACAAGGAUGAAGCGAUUCAGUUCAUCAAAAUUCGUAGCUUUUCUGACGACAGACAGAACCCCCCAUCCUGAGAACAUCCACAUCUCCUCACUACCUCCUAGUGUUCCUACAGACCAGGAGCUAACGCAUGGAGAAGGAGACAUGGCACAGGGGAAAGCAGAUGAGACCACACAGACACAGCGAGGAGCCCUCUCUGUCUUUCCAGAGGGCCAGAAUGGGGGAACUGAUGUAUCUAGUACCUAUUUUCACCAUAAGGUCCCCAUUCCAGAUGAUGACAGUCAGACGUGGUUCAGUUUCCGUAAGCUAUGGGCCUUCACAGGACCUGGGUUCCUGAUGAGCAUCGCCUACCUAGACCCAGGAAAUAUAGAGUCAGACCUGCAGUCAGGUGCUAAAGCAGGAUUCAAGCUGUUGUGGGUUCUUCUGGGAGCCACCAUCAUUGGUCUGCUGUUGCAGAGGCUGGCAGCCAGACUGGGUGUGGUCACUGGGAUGCACCUGGCAGAAGUCUGCAACCGCCAGUACCCCACCGUGCCACGCAUUGUCCUGUGGUUGAUGGUGGAGCUGGCCAUCAUAGGUUCAGACAUGCAGGAGGUCAUAGGUUGUGCCAUUGCAUUCAACCUCCUCUCCUCUGGCAGGAUACCUUUGUGGGGGGGUGUUCUCAUCACCAUCAUUGACACAUUUGUGUUCCUCUUCCUGGACAAGUAUGGUCUGAGGAAACUUGAGGCCUUUUUUGGGGUCCUUAUUACAAUCAUGGCCAUCACCUUUGGAUAUGAGUAUGUGACUGUGCGUCCGGACCAGGGGGAGCUGCUCAAGGGGAUGUUUAUGCCGUACUGUGAAGGCUGUGGUCCUGUGCAGCUGGAGCAGGCUGUGGGCAUCGUAGGGGCUGUCAUAAUGCCCCACAACAUCUACCUGCACUCUGCCCUCGUCAAGUCUCGACAGAUUGAUCGUUCCAGUAAGAAGGAGCUCAAGGAGGCCAACAAAUACUUCUUCAUUGAGUCGACCAUUGCACUCUUCCUCUCUUUCCUCAUCAACGUAUUUGUGGUGGCUGUCUUUGCCGAGGCUGUCUAUGGACGCACAAACAUUGAAGUGCAUGACAUCUGUAAUGCAACUGGUAUUCUUCACCUAGAUCUGUUCCCCUUGAACAAUGAGACACUGCAGGUGGACAUCUACAAAGGCGGAGUGGUUCUGGGCUGUAUUUUUGGCCCUGCAGCACUAUAUAUCUGGGCUGUGGGCAUCCUGGCAGCAGGUCAGAGUUCAACCAUGACCGGGACCUACUCAGGACAGUUUGUCAUGGAGGGAUUUUUGAACCUGCGCUGGUCCCGUUUCUCCCGGGUGCUGCUGACCCGCUCCAUCGCCAUCACGCCCACCCUGCUGGUGGCCAUCUUCCAGGACGUCACCCACCUGACGGGCAUGAACGACUUCCUGAAUGUGCUGCAGAGCAUGCAGCUGCCGUUUGCUUUGAUUCCCAUCCUCACUUUCACCAGUUUAUCCUCCCUCAUGAGUGAAUUUGCCAAUGGAUUAUUUUGGAAGAUUGGGGGAGGAGUUGUGAUCUUGUUGGUGUGUUGUAUCAACAUGUACUUUGUAGUCAUCUAUGUGACCUCUCUGAACAGUGUGUGGCUGUACGUGUUGGCUGCUUUUCUCUGCAUAGCAUAUUUGGGAUUUGUGGGUUACCUGACGUGGUUAUGUCUGAUAGCGCUGGGUGUGUCCUGUCUGGAUGUGACCUGCAGGGUCAGGGACGACACCACGGUUCUGAUAGAGCAGCAGCCAGAGUUUGACUCCUGAGCAUGGUUCCUUCCUGCAUGUGUGUAUGUGUGUGAGGCUAUGGGAGGAGCCUUGGGAUAUUUGAAGGUGCUACUGUACAGAUUGUAAGAUUUGUUUACAAUUUUGAAAUGACUAAUGUUCUGUAAUGAUAUUUGCCUUUAUGACAAUUGUUAUUUAAGGAAUAUGCAAGAAUUAAAUAACAUUUCAUUAAUUAUUUCACUUUUGUAUGUAUUGAAUUUUAAGAUAAUUGCCAUAUUAAUGAUCAUACUAGGACUUUGAUUUGUGAGGAAUUUAGAAAAGGAUUGUGAAAUGGUACUGUACACUGUAAAUGUCUAUCUAUUUACUCUGAAUUAAUUACACCCUGAAAUUGUUAAAAAACGCAAAUAAAUGCUCCCAUUUUUUAUGUCCUGGUCAAUGAGAUUUACCAUGGAAAAAAUGGUUUCAUAAUG